AUGGAAUCAUUGAGGCCGACAAUACAAGAGAAUGGUUCUGAUUUUACGCAGUUGUACGAUUUUGAUUGGAGUGAGCUCGUUUCCUCAGGUGCCAGACAAACAUUGAGCGAGAAAAAAUACAACUACCUAAAAAUGUUGCCGCUGAGUGAAGAUGUGUUCAAACUUAAUACGUACUUAAAGGAGAAAAUCAAGGAACUUCUUCCAAAGGUUCCAGAUAAUGCAGCAUUUUACUCUGACCUUGCAAAAGUUACACUAUGCCGCAUCACGCUUUUCAACAGCAAGCGUGGGGGAGAUGUUCAACGAAUAACAGUUGAGAAUUACAACCGAGCAAUCGAAGCACAAAACAAUAUUCCACAAGACAUAUCCUUGCAACUCAAAUCCACUGCAAAGACUCAUGCGUAUUGUAUUGUUUGUAAGAAACCAGGACCUAAAUUAAUAGUAGUGUCCCCAGAAUGCCGCACAGCUGUUUUUAUUGAACACAAUGUACUAAUUCCAUCCGGAAAUAGAUGUUGUCCAGGUCAUCUGGAAAAUGGACGCUUUACAAGUGCGGCUAUUCAGCAAUUACCGACAACAGACCAUGCAUUUGUUAACAGAACUACCAUCCUAAGUUUACUUCAACAGAUGCGUGAUUUAUGCCAUAAACAGGAAAAGUCUUAUUUGGACUUUGAUGAAGCAAAGACUCUGACAGAUACAGACUAUUCAUCUCUGCUGGGACUCAGCAAGGAAAAUUUCCAUACGAUAUGUGAUUCUGUGAAAACUGAAGUGAAACCAACACCAUCUAGAAGUCUUAAAAAAUCAGUAGCCAUAUUUCUCUGUAAAUUAAAGACCGGAUUAUCAAAUCAAAUACUGUCAACACUUUUUCAAACUUCCAAAUCCAGUUUAAGAAGAGUUAUUAGUGCUGUAAGAAAGGCAAUGAUGAUCAGUUUUGUUCCGCACAGUCUUGGGUUUGAGCAUGUAACUAGAGAGGAAGUCAUAAAUGACCAUACUCGGCAGCUAGCACAGACACUGUUCGGUAACAUCGAGAAGAAACAGGCCAUAUUGGUAUUGGAUGGAACAUACAUAUACACAGCAAAGAGUAACAAUUUCCAUUACCAAAGACGUUCUUACAGCAUCCACAAGGGGAGACCACUUAUCAAGCCUAUGGUGAUUGUGACUACUACUGGUUACUUUGUCUCAAUCUUAGGACCAUACCUUGCUGAUAAUAAAAACAAUGAUGCUUCAAUCCUCCAACACAUCAUCAAAACAAAUGCAGAAGAUAUUCGGAACUGGCUUAGUGAAGACGACAUUUUUAUUGUGGACCGCGGAUGGGUAGUUGAAUCAUCAAAUGCACGCAUCAAAAGGUGGCGAUAUUUGGACAAGACACUACCCACUAAUCAAAUUCCCUUCAUCGGGGACUAUGUCAGAAUUGUUUGUGCGCUGUCAAACAGAUUCUUCCCACCCCUAAGUAAAAGUGAUAGCAAUGAGGCAGAUGAUGCAGAGGCAGCAAAAAUGCUCUAUUUGUCCAAACAGGUGAAUAAUCUCAAACAAAUGGUUCAAGAGAAUGGACUUAACAGGAGAUCUACUCAAUGGCAGACAGUUCUGGAAUGUGAAAUUCAGAAUUUCCCCAUGUUGGAUGAGGAUCAGUUGCGGAAUUUGACUUGUGGCACCUAUCAGCUGAAGCUCUCCCGCAGCUAUAUUCAGGAACACAUUGAGGGAGAAUGUGAUAUUUCCUUUCAUAAAGAUAAUGAUAGGCUCCUAAGACUAAAAAUUCAGAGUCGGCACACAUCAUCAAAACAGUAUUUAGUUUGGAUUGAAUAUUCUGAUUGCUCUGUAGAAGCAUGGUAUUGUACCUGCAGAGCGGGUGCCAGAGUUGUAGGCAUGUGCUCUCACAUAGCAGCCAUCAUUUGGUACCUGGCAAAAGGAAGGCAUGAGGGAAGGACAUAUGGUGUGCGUGAUUGGAGUGAGCAUGUCCUUGAUGCAGCUGACAUCCCGCCUACUUUGGACGAGUCAGACAGUGAAGUCAGUAGCUGUGAAAGUGUUCCUGAGGAGUGAACAG